UUCGGCUCGCAGUGAAGCGAGCGAGGUCGGCAGCUCGUCAGUGAGACACAAGCCGCGGCGCGUACGGAACGCCUUCACGCCUGUUCACCGCUCCCGCGCGUAUCUUCACGAUAACACGUUCAAUAUUCAAUUUCAUUUUUUACAAUAAAUAAAUCUCAUAUUAAAUAUUAAAAUAAUAUUGGAUCUUAAUAUUAAUUUCGCGUAAUUAACUAUUUAUUUUUGUACAACUGCGAUGUUUAUGUUCUUCGGUAAAAACUAUGAACUGAGGGACUCAUAACACAGACUUUGAUUUUGAUUAUUUUGAUAAUUCGAUUGUGAGAAAACUUUUUGAAAAUGAUGAUGGCUAGUGCUAAACUGGUGAGGGACUGCAGCUCGGAGUUGAGUUCUGACGUGCGGUCUCUGUCGGUGGCAUCUUCCACGGAGGAGCAGGAUUCCACCACCACGGAGUCUGAAUACACCGAGGAAGAAAAAGAGUAUGAAUUAGACGACCUCCAGAUUUUGAAAACUAUCGGUACCGGCACGUUCGGUCGCGUGUGCUUGUGUCGUGACAAAGCCGCUGAUGAAUAUCUGGCGAUGAAGAUAUUAUCUAUGGCCGACGUAAUCCGCCUGAAGCAAGUAGACCACGUCAUGAACGAAAAGAACAUUCUCGCCGAAAUCAACCAUCCCUUCAUAGUGAAUCUGCGGUGGUGGACACACGAUGACUCCUGCAUCUACAUGCUCUUCGACUACGUGUGUGGAGGAGAGCUGUUCUCGUACCUAAGGAAUGCCGGCAGAUUCAGCAACAGUAUUGGAAACUUCUACGCGUCAGAAAUCGUGUCAGCCCUGGAGUAUCUCCAUGCCAGGAAUAUAGUUUAUCGAGACUUGAAACCAGAAAAUCUACUUCUUGCCAGAGAUGGACAUUUGAAGAUAACGGAUUUUGGUUUUGCGAAGAAACUAACAGAUAGAACCUGGACCCUGUGCGGCACGCCCGAGUAUCUGGCGCCAGAGAUCAUACAGAGCAAAGGACACAACAAAGCCGUCGAUUGGUGGGCCUUGGGCGUGCUGAUCUACGAGAUGUUAGUAGGAUACCCACCGUUCUACGAUGACAAUCCAUUCGGUAUCUACGAGAAGAUCCUGAAUGGCCGCGUGGAGUGGCCUCGGCACCUGGACCCAGUAGCCAAGGACAUCAUCAAGAAACUCCUCGUUCAAGACAGGACUAAGAGGCUGGGAAAUAUGAAGUGCGGAACCGAAGACGUCAAGCGGCACAGAUGGUUCAAACACAUAGAUUGGGCUGACGUCUUCAUGAAGAAGCUCCAGCCUCCCAUUAUCCCGGCUGUGUCGUACGAGGGCGACACCUCCAACUUCGACGAGUACCCCGAGACAGACUGGAAGGCCGUGCGCUCAUUAGAUUCCGACGAACUCAAACUGUUCGCUAACUUUUGAUGCCCCAAACGUGAGUCGUCGGUGGGUUAACUUAUAGGUAAAUAUCGCAACAGAUGCGAGGAGACCAGGCCUAGUAAUAUUUAUGAAACUGCUUAGAAAAGUAUUUUUUCAUAUUAUAUUUAACAUCUUAAGUUAAGUGUAGAUAUCGUUGUUAGUAAAUGAGGCCAAGAACGGCAUUGUGUUUGCAGAGUCGAUAGGAAACCGUCCGUAUUUGAGUAGAGUAGAGUGAAUAUGUAUUAAAUGAAUAACCUAUUUGAUUGUAUACUUGUGUUAAGCCGACUGGCUGGAGCCAAGUGGUCUAAAAAUUCCUGACUGAAGGCAAGGGAUUAAUAACAAAACGAGGAGACUAAACGAGUAGUAAAUCACGGUGAAGAAUCAUUCCGGUGUUGAGUCAUGCACUACUUUUUAAUGGUAAACCGAAAAUUGGAGCACCAGAUAGAUAUCGACCAUAAUGUUUAGUUAAUAUUGAAGACAUUAAUUUAUGUAACUUAGUACCUAUUCAGGAAUUAUACACGGAUACAUGCAAAAUGUUUAAUGUCCGUUCAUUUGUACUUUGUUUCUUUCUGUUUCAUAGUCAAAUUAACUAGCUUCCUAUCACUUCUAAAACAUACUACCUAUAUCGUAUUCUGUAUACAUAAAUUGGCUUUGGUCAGUCUGAUAUCGUUAAAUACUUCCUGUGUGUGCAUUUAUGGGGGACGACUUAUGUAAGUACUUAGUGAAGUUUACGUACCUAUUGAAUCAUUGUAAUAAGGGCCUGGUACACAAUGUGUGAUUAAGUUACUGUUAACUUUAACUGACACAUAAUAUGUUAGUAUGUUUACUUAAUUGGACCUUGUGAACCAGGCCCUAAGGCACAUUUUCAUCCUUAAUCUAGACACACGGCAGUGUGUCCGCCAAGUUCGAGCAAAAAACCGACACACCGGCCGUGGGUUAUAUUACACGAACCAUUUCGGGCCAAGUUCGACCCACCUAUAACUCAAAAUCUAUUUUAUCUACGCAUAUGAAAUUACUAGUAUCUAUCGAGAUCUACUUACUUAUCUAAAAUAAAAAUUUCAUUAAUGUACCUAUUGUAGGUCUUGAGAUAUUGACGUCAGAAAAUCGCUAUUUUUACUAUACACUCACUGACUGACUCACUCAUCAAAAACCUAGACCACUUCCAACGGUCGUAUUGAUUUGAAAUUUGGCAUGGAGGUAGGUCUUUAGGUCAAGGUAAAGGAAAAAAUCUGAAAAUGGCCAAGUGUGAGUCGGUUUUAAAAAUAAUGAAGGUGUAAAUUCAUACCCCUAAGGAACUAAAACAAAAAAAUUAUCUAUAUCUUCCAAUGGUCGUACCGUAAAAUUCGUUACGAAGGUUUGUAUUUAGUCAAAGUAAAGUAAAAUAAGAAAAAAAGAAAAUAAACCUUACAAAAAUAAAUGAAAUCCCACCCAAAACAUAAAUGUGAAAGGCUGCCAAGUUCGAUAAUAUUGGAAUGCUUCGCCUAUAAAAGUGAGAUCUAAAUAAGUACCAAGUUCCAUACACAGACCUCAGUUAAAAAUGAUAUAACUUGGCAAGUUUUAAUAGAAAAUUAUAUACUUGACUCAUUGCGUUUAGUAGGUUUAUAACAAAGUGUGUGAAAACUUGCCAACUUGUUAUAUCAUUUUUAACUGAGGUCUGUGUAUGGAACUUGGUACUUAUUUAGAUCUCACUUCUUUUAUAGGCGAAGCAUUCCAAUAUUAUCGAACUUGGCAGCCUUUCACAUUUAUGUUUUGGGUGGGAUCUAGUUCUCGUGUAUGUACAUCUGUACCCAUGUAAUGUACAUGCCUCAGUAAGUCUACAUAGAGGCUUAAUUAGUAAAAUGUAAAUAUUUAUUUGUAAGUAUAUGCAUUACAUUUCCAAUGCUUUCUAGUUCAAAUGUUAGUGUUAGGAAUUUAAUUAAGUCGCCAUUAUUGGCAAAUAAUGUUUGUGAUUUUGUAUGUCAUAGUAUUUCCCCUUAAUUUUAUUGUAUAAAAAUAAAUAUAAUGUCAUUAUUAUUUGAAUAUUCGAUAUAUUUUCUCGAGUACAUUGUUUGUAGACGAGUUUUGUAGCGCCAUCUAGGAGUGAGGUUUGGAACCUUUUUUAUUAUUAGUGUAAUUAAUCGAUUUAUGCGUUAUUUAUAAGUUAAAUCUGACAAUUUGCUUAAUUCCUUUUUUGCUUAAAAGCUACUAAAGAAGAUCUCACACAAUAUUUACACUAUAAAGGAAAACUAAAGCAUGAAAUGUCACUGUAGUUGUUAUCUACUAUUUAUUGUCACGUUACUGUAAUAUCAGGCCAUACAGUAUUUUCUGUGAUCUUUUUAGUCUUGACAAAGAUAAAUUAUUUACGUUUGUUCACUGUGAAACAAUUGUGUCAUAGAAUCAAUGCAGCCAGUAAUUACAGAAUAAUCGAAAUGUUACUCGCCAGAUCUAAUUAUGAGGGACGUGGAAAAUUAGAAGCUUUUGACCUUAGAAUAAAGUUCAUAUCUGAAUCACCUUACUAUAACGGACUGUGAAUAACUAAGACAGAAUUAUAAGAAGUUGUGGUCACAAUACUUAUUGACCACAAUAGCUCAACACCGCCAUCUAUAAAAUAGGUUACUAGUUUCUAAAUAACUGCACUUAUAAAUGAGAUCCGUCAAUGGUACAAAAGUGGAAUAAAGCGUUUUAGGUUUUACCAUACUUGGAUCUGGUUAGUAAAUUAUAUUUAAAAACAUAUAUUUAUGUAACAGGGUUGUAGAUAAAAUGUAUAAUUGUAAAUACACAAAAAUAAAUGUGUUGUCUAAAC